AUGUGGUAUGUUGCUGAUUCAGACUCGGAGGAUGUCACGACCGCUAUACGUCAGGAUGGCCUCGAAGCGGGUUUUGAUGAUGAGUUUGAUCCCAAGUGCCCUUCGAUCCAAUUUACGGCCGCGGAGGAAAGGCUAUUAUGUCGGAACUGGCGAUCUGCACUAGUGGUAAAAGCCUUGGGAAGAUCAGUCUCGUACACUCUUAUGCUGAAGCGAUUGCAAACCAUUUGGGCCAAGGCUGGAGCUAUACAGGUCACCUCGGCUAAGAAUGGCUAUUUUUUGGUGCGGUUUACUAGUGGAGUUGACUAUGAAAGAGCGGUUACAGGUGGGCCAUGGCUAGUCGGGGACAACUACCUCACGGUACACCCCUGGACGAACGAUUUCGAUCCCUAUAACCACGAGAUCUCAUCAACGUUAGUUUGGGCUCGACUGUUGGAGAUGCCAAUCCAGUACUUUCACCCUGUCGCAGUUAUGAAGAUAGCCCAACGCAUCGGGAAACCUAUUCGAGUUGACCAUGCAACGAGUAUGGGAGCACGUAGUGACUAUGCUCGUGUCUGUGUCCAAGUGGAUAUAACGAAACCUCUUCUGUCUCAGUUUACAAUACAUGGCAAGAAGUACUACAUUCAAUAUGAGGGCCUAGAAAAUAUCUGCUUGCAAUGUGGUACCUACUCUGCCCGAUCCCGGUGUUCAUGUUCAAUCCCGAAAGAAGAUAUGCAAGCCGAGGAGCCUGGAAAUGCUCGGGCGACUCCGGCUGUGGAGGAACCCACUGGACUAUAUGGUGAAUGGAUGAUUGCGAAACGACGCCCACGAACGAAAAAGGCUGCGGGACAUAACCAGGGGGGGAAUAACACUAGUAAUGAGAAAAGGCAGAAGAAUGUGGAAGGCUCGGGUUCCCGCUUCGACGUACUAUCGGAGGAGGAGAUGGAACCUGUGAGCACUACGCUGGGGGAAGAAGGGGGUAAGGAGGCACCUGUGGAUGUGAAUGUGCGGAAGCCUCAAGCAAAGGGUACAGCUGCAAAGGAAUCACGGCGGGCAGUGGGGGAAGUGAGGGUGGUGAAUGAGCCUACCCAAGAGUGCAUUAUUGAGAGGGGACCUGCUAAAGAUAUGGGCAAUGAGAUACCUCAUCAGAUUCCAAGGCCCACGUUGACCAAUGACAAGGCUGGCUUCAGCAUGCAUGGCAUGCAAAAAUCUCAUGGUAUGACUAAGGUGGGCACGGUAAUAACAGGGAAAGAAAACAAUCAGCAGGAGAGGAGGGCUCAGCCCAAGCCACCUGACUUACAUAUGAGGGAUCCUCUGGCAGAUAGAGACGGACGGAUAGUGAAUAUGGUGAAUGAACAGGCAAAUGAGAAUAUUUUGGAAAGCCCUGUGGGUAGCCUCGGUCACGAGGCUGACACAGCCUAA